AUGUGCUUGUUCCCGCCCGGCGCCCCGCCGUCGUCGAUCGCCAUCAUGAUCCCAGCCUACCGCGAGAGCCCAGAGGAGGUGCACUUGAGCCUGGAUUCGUACACGGAGGAGCGCAUGUCGCCGGACACGCGCGCGCGGCUCGAGCUCUUCGUGAUCCUCGACGGACACGACGAGGCGGCCCCGGAGGAGGACAACGAGACGCUGAUGACGAUUCGGAGCCUGCUGAUUGCGCGCGCGACGGCGGAGGUGGAGGUGGUCGACACGCCGUACUUCCGCGUGUACAGGACGCGGUACUGCGGGAUACCCGCGGCGCUGUACAUCAAGCGCGCCCUGCUCAAGCGCGGGAAGCGGUUUUCCCAGUUGUUCUUCUACGAGAUGACGCAGUUGCGGCGCGAACUCGCUGGAUUCGAACCCUUCGCUGUCUUCAUGAGCGACUCGGACACGCAGCUGGCGCCAGGCGCGAUCGAGCGCCUUGCGAACCAUCUGCUGCGGGAGCCGAAGGUCGCUGCGGUGACGGGUCAGAUGCUUCCGGCCAACGUGCGCGGGACGUGGGGUUCCGCGGCGCUGCCGUGGCCGCUGGCGAGGGGCGUCUCGUCACGCGCUGUCGUGAGCCAGUACUAUGAGUACGCGUACAGUGCACUUGUGGACAAGCCUUUCGCGGCGGCGUGCGGGGCCGUUCUCGUGCUUCCGGGCGCGUUCAGCCUUCUGCGCUACGACAAAGUGCACGACUGCUGGCCCUGCUACAGCGCGCGGACCCGCGUCGGCGACCUGAUUUCUCUGAACUGCCUCGAGCUGGGCGAGGACCGGUUCCUGACGACGUUGCUCCUCAUGGCGGGCCACGAGACCUCGCACGAGGACGGCGCCAUCGCCUUCACGCGCGUCCCCGAGACUUGGCCCGAUCUCCUGGUCCAGCGCCGCCGGUGGUUCAACAGCGCGAUCUCGAACGACGUGCUGCUCGUCUUCAACUGGCGCGUCCUCUGCCGUCUCGACAAAUUCAAAUGGCUGAUCCACCUCUACAUGCUGUUCAACUUCGUCAACGGCGUGUUCCUGCAGCCGGCGAUGCUGCUGGCGCUCGUGUCCACCGCUGACCUGCCGCAGAGCUUCGAGAUCCGCGGCCACGAGUUCAAGUACCGCAGCCACUGGACGUUCUGGCUCGACGUGCCGUACGGCCUGUGGUGCUACCUGCUGCUGUGCCUCACGCUCGUCGCCUUCGCCGUCGCGAUGGUGCUGCACAAGACCAUCCAGCGGACCUGGUCGGUCAACUUCGUCCUGGCGCCGGGCCUCGUGUUCGCCAACACAGUCGUGUUUUUCCUCAACAUUUGGUGGCUGGUCAACGACUCCUCGCCGUCCGUGUUGAUCUUCGCGACCGUCGCCAUGGCGCUUCUGGUGGCGGUCCUCGUCGCGCGGCGCGGGCCAGAGACGCUGCCGAUGCUCCUCGCGGCGUUCAUGGUGCUCGUCGCCCACCACCCCCUGCUCACCCUGCUGGUGCCGGUGUACGGCUUCAGCGCCCUCAACAACGGUUCUUGGGGCACGCGCGAGACCGCAGCGGACCAGCUGCGACACGAGGCCGAAUUGGCCGCGGAGCAGGCCGAGGCGGACGCCGCGAGGUCGAUCGGGCGCGCGGUCAUUCGUCCCCUCGCACACGGCAGCGUGGCGUCGCCGGUCCGCCCGAUGUUUCUCGCGGGAACCCCGACCGUCGGCACGCCCCUGCCCCAGAUGCCCGAGCGCCAGGGCGAGGUCGAGAGCGACGCGGAAGACCCCCCCGCUGACUGGGCAGUCAAUGACGCCACGUCGCGUCUCCUCUUCUGCCUGAACGAGCUCCCUGCCGAGGUGGCUCUCGCGGAGGUCGCAGCCGACUUCGUCCAGGACACGGGCGAGGGGGCCCGCGUGUCCCCGUCGGGCGUGCGGCUCCCCAUCGCCCCCUCGGUGCCCUUUGCAACCAUCGACAAAAUUUGCAACCCACUCUACAAGGUCUCCGUGCAGACCCGCCGCUCGCUCGUCUUCGCGCUGUGGCUCAGCGCCAUCAUGUUCGCAGGUCUGGCGUGGUUCCUCCUGGUGUUGUACGGGCCCGUGCCGAACGUCCUGAAGUCCAUCAUCGCGCUCGCGUGGGCGGGGGCGCGCGGCGGCGGCCGCGAAAACUUCUCGUGCUGGCGCUGGAGGCACGUCGAGCUCGACCUGGCAGGACUGGACAGGCACGCAGCGGAGAGGUGGGGGAUGACUGUGGACGCGGCGCCGACGACGGACCGCGCCCCUGAGGCACGGGGCGCAGGGCCGGGGCAGCCACGGCCGUGA